AUGAGUUGUACAGCUUCCAUCUCUGAGUCCUGGUCCGUUAACAACAUGCAUGAUUGUUUUCCUUCUGUUUCAGGCUGGUUCCAAAAACUCUUGAAAUCAAGAGUACCUUCAUCAACAUGUAAACAAGAAGCGAAAGUAACACAAAAAGUGACUUCUGAUAGCAAUUCAUCACUUUCAUUUACAUCAUCAUCUUGUUCUUCGUCAUCAUCACCAAGGACAACUUCCUCUAAACCGACACAGUCACCACCUGCUCUGAGCUCACCGCUGCGAUGGAGUCUAAAAUAUGAUGUGUUAGUGUGCCAUAGCUCAGAUCCCAGUGACACUGAAGAGGCUGUACGCCUGGUCUCUUUUCUGGAGGCCCACAGUCUUCGAUGCUUUCUUGUGCACAGGGACACAUGUCCAGGAGGAGCAUUUUCCACAGAAUUAUGUGAGGCUGUACAGAAUAGCCACUUGAGGGCUCUGCUCAUCACUCCUAACUUCCUGCAGGAUGAAUGGUGCAUGUACGUGAUGCACCAGGCUCUGUCAGAGGGGCCAAUGUCUAAUCGCAUGCUUCCACUGGUUUAUAACCUGCCACACUCUCAGUACCCUCAAGAACUCAAGUUUCGCUUCUACUUCGACCUCGGCAAGCAUCCUGACCAAUGUUAUAGUCGUGUCAACAACACUGUGCUACAAUACCUGCAAGACAUGGUUAAAAAUGAGAAGACAGAUUGCAACAUGGACAGCUCUAGCAACGGAUUAAGUGGAGUGAGCAGCUAACAAGAAGACCAUGCUGAUAUCAAAAUCUACUCAGAGGAUCAAUUCACCUACGAAUCAGUGUGUCUCAUGCAGGGACACAGUAGAUGGGACGGCUCUGUAAAUGAUGCAGCCACAACAAAGACUGAUAUUCUAAAGCAUCAUUGA